AUGGUUGUUACCGACGACGAACCGACGGUUAUAUUCUCGACGAACUUUCAACGAAUCAACAUCGUCAAUAAUAUAUUCGUUGGUAUUCCGUUUGGUUUAAGACUGACGGUUAACCGAGAUAUGACUGAUGGUUGUUACCGACGACGAACAUGUAAGUUGCCGAUGCAUUUUUGUGCCGUUAUUACUGAGGGAUUACCGACGAUGAUGGAAAAUGCCUGA